AUGAAUCCCGAGGCAACAUUGGUUACCAACGAUCCUUUUCCAGCGGUAACAAUUUGUAAUAUGAAUCAGGUCAGCAGAAGAAAAGCGAGCAAUAUUCAUGUGAAUUCUUCAGACUAUGCAAUGCUAACACAAAUUUGUUUUCAAGAUCUAAAUUAUACGGCAUAUGCAACAGCUCCAUUUCAUAAAGCAAAUGAUUCGCUGGUCAAUUUCAUGUUAAGGAAUAGUCAACCCUGUUCCGAACUGAUUGCCAUGUGUAUAUGGGAUCAGACGCCAAUCACAUGCACCGAUUUGUUCAGGGAAGUAUUUUUGGAUGAGGGUAUCUGUUGUUCUUUCAAUAUUGCCCAUCCGUUUUUACUUUACAAGGGAGAAUUUAUUAUGACUCGAGAUUUCACGUCCAUUGAGAGCCAAUGGAUUCCCAUUGAUUGGCAUCCAGAAACUGGCUAUCCCGAUGAUUUACCGGUUCGCUAUUAUCCCCGCAAAGCUGUUGGUCAGGGCGUGUCGAAAGGUUUAACAUUGGUUCUAAAUGGUAAUAUCAACGAUUAUUAUUGUUCUUCGACAAAUGGACCAGGAUUUAAGCUACAAUUACACAAUCCCAUAGAUGUACCGCAGAUCAAAGAAACCGGUCUAUUGGUAAAUUUGGGCUAUCAGUCAAGUUUUCGUAUUGCCACAAUUAAAGAUGAGGCACAGGAUACACUGCGUUCCGUAGCACCCAAAGAUCGUCAGUGUUACUUUGCCAAGGAAAAGCCACUACUCUAUUAUCAAUAUUAUACACGACGUAAUUGUGACAGUGAAUGUGAUGCCAUGUUUUUCCUGCGAACAUGCAAUUGUAUUCCCUAUUUUCUACCGAAAAUCUUUGAUAAUGCCACCAUUUGUUACAUACAACAUUUGGAUUGUCAAAAGAAGGCCGAAAGGGUUUACACGGAUCCCAAAACGAUGAAAUGUAAAAAGGAAUGCUUGUCAAGUUGCCAUGAUCUCAGCUAUAUGCCAGAUGUUUUUGAAACCCCUCUAGCUACAGAUGAUUUCGAAUUGGAUAAUAGUUUUAUGCGCAACUUCUCGAAGGAAUAUAUUUCGGAAAAUUUAGCCUUGGUUAAUAUUUAUUUUCCACAAAAUUAUUAUCGUAGUAGUAUUAAGACUCCGUAUACGGGUCUAACGGAAUAUUUGUCUCAAACUGGUGGCAUUAUGAGUUUGAUGAUUGGUUUCAGUGUGUUUUCUCUGGUGGAAUUUGCAUACUUUUUCAUUAUUAAACCCUUGAUGCAAUUGUGGACCAAGAUUUUCCGCAAAAAUAUUGUUAAUAUAGGUCAAGUGGAAACCAGAAGGGAAUAUGAGCAUUAA